AUGAAGUGGGUAGCUCUCGCACUUGCUGUGGCACCUUCGGUGCUAGGUCAUUUCACCAUGCAGUAUUUAUGGGUCAAUGGCGUUGACCAAGGACAAAACACUUACCUCCGUGUUCCACCCAGUAACAACCCGGUAACGGACGUUACGAGCACCGAUAUUCGGUGUAACGUCAAUGGCCUGACCGGAUCUGCGACAGGAACCAAGGCUAACGUGCCAGCCGGUGCCAAUAUCACUCUCGAGUGGCACCAACACGCCCAACGCACGGGAGAAGACGCGAUUUCCGGGGUCACAAGGGACCAUGCCCUCUUGUGGCAUGCCGCGCGCCUAUGCUAUCGAUCUGUCUUGCCUAUCGUCUACAUCGCCAAGGCACCAUCGACAGCUGCCAGUUUCGACGGAAGCGGCACUGUCUGGACCAAGAUUUAUUCGUCCGGUCUAAUCUCCGCCUCGUCUCAGACUUGGGCCACUGAUGUUGUCAACUCAAAUGGUGGAAAGCACUCGUUUAUUCUGCCCAAGAGCAUUCCGAGUGGCGAUUAUCUCAUUCGCGGAGAAAUCAUAGCGCUGCACGUUGCUCAGUCAUACCCUGGUGCCCAAUUUUAUAUUGGGUGUGCGCAAAUCUCGGUUGUCAACGGAGGAAGCGCGUCGCCGCCAAAGAUUGCACUUCCAGGCGCAUACAAAGGGUCCGACCCGGGCAUCACGGUAAACAUCUACAACGGGUUGACGAGCUACACUGCGCCCGGCGGAACAGUAUGGUCGGGUUAA